AUGGCAUCUGUUCAGGAUUUCCAGCUUGCAGCCCUUGCUGCUGGCUUCACACUUGGCUUCGGCUUCUUGACAGUAUGGGAGGCAAUCAAGCAGACACGGCGGAAUCACAGCCCAUUACGCUCUGCCUACAUUUACAUGGUAUGGGGUGAGAUUCUAGUCAACGUCUGCAUUGGAGUCAUUGGAUGGCUCUUUCUCAAUGACACAGUUGGGCCGAGUAUACCAGUCUUGUUCUCCAUCCUGUUCUUCUGGGUGUUUGAGAUUCAACUGCUCAUGCAAAUUAUCAUCAAUCGAAUUGCACUCAUCGCCGAGCACCGCAGUACGAUUAAGAAACUCAAAUGGGGUACCUUCAUCUUCAUCACUGCCAUCAACAUUGCCGUCUUCUGCAUCUGGAUCCCUUCGCAUACAAAUCCCCCUAUCAACGAUACCUUCGUCAAGAUCAACAAUGUAUGGGAUAAAAUCUCCAAAGUUCUUAUCCUCAUCGUUGACGCAGCGCUCAACUGGUACUUCUUGCGCACUGUCAAGAUUCGAUUGGUAAACCAGCACGGCCUCACCAAAUACGCGCCACUCAUCAGCUUCAACGGUAAGCUCAUGCUCAUCUCCAUCGCCAUGGACGCCCUCCUCAUCGGCCUCAUGUUCCUCCGUAACCAAGUCGUCUACAUUCAAUUCCACCCCGUCGCCUACAUGGUCAAGCUCAACAUCGAGAUGUCCAUGGCCUCGCUCGUCGUCCGCCUUGCCCAGGGCAAAUCCCAAAACGACAUGGGCCCCGAAGAAUUCCACAGCACCACCGAUCCCGAAUCGCAUUCGCGCUCUGCCGCCGCCGCACAGUCCCUACACCUUACCAACCGCUCUAAGCGUAACCACCCUUCGAAUAUGCGCAGCGCCGGUCUCAGCAAGAUCGAUAGCGACGAGAGUCUCGAUCUUGGCGGUAUUCAGUGCCAUACUGAACUCCGCAUUACACAUGAGGAUCGCAAGGAGACGACUGAUAGGAGAGAUUUUAUAGAGAGCAGCUCGAGGAGCAGUAAUGAUGCGCCUGCGCUCAGCGUGUUUGGGGAUGAGACGCCCCUGCACAAGAAGACCUUCAGAGUGCAGGAGAAAGAGGUAUAA